AUGGCGGGCUGGCUGCGGCACCCCAGGCUGUGCAGGGAUCCUGGCUGGAACCGUAUCCAGCAAGUGGCCAUCAAGUCGAUCCGAAAAGACAAAAUCAAGGAUGAGCAGGACCUUGUUCAUAUCCGGAGAGAGAUUGAGAUCAUGUCCUCCCUCAACCACCCCCACAUCAUUGCAGUCCAUGAAGUGUUUGAGAACAGCAGCAAGAUCGUCAUCGUGAUGGAAUACGCCUCCAGGGGGGACCUGUACGACUACAUCAGCGAGAGGCAGCGGCUGUCGGAGCAGGAGGCUCGGCACUUCUUCCGCCAGGUCGUGUCCGCCGUCUACUACUGCCACAAGAACGGAAUCGUUCACAGGGACCUGAAGCUGGAGAACAUCCUGCUCGAUGCGAAUGGAAACAUCAAGAUUGCAGACUUUGGCCUGUCCAAUGUUUACCAGCAGGACAAACUUCUGCAGACUUACUGCGGCAGCCCUCUCUACGCAUCCCCUGAAAUCAUCAAUGGGAGGCCCUACAAGGGCCCAGAGGUGGACAGCUGGUCCCUGGGCGUUCUCCUCUACAUCCUGGUCCAUGGCACCAUGCCAUUCGAUGGCCACGACUACAAGACUCUGGUGAAGCAGAUCACAAGCGGGGACUACCGGGAGCCCACGAAGCUGUCAGAUGCCUGCGGGCUGAUCCGCUGGAUGCUGAUGGUGAACCCGGAGCGCCGCGCCACCAUCGAGGACAUCGCCACGCACUGGUGGGUGAACUGGGGCUACAAAGUGCCCGUGGGGGAGCAAGAGCAGCUGCGGGACAACGAGUCCCCCAUGGCCACGGUGGCCGAGUGGCUGCGCCGCUCCUCCCGGCCCCUCCUGGAGAACAGCUCCAAGGUGAGGUGCUUCCUGAAGCAGCACAUCCCCGGCGUGGCCCUGGAGAGGCAGCGCUCCCUCAAGAAGUCCAAGAAGGAGAACGACGUCUCCCACGUGCUGCAGGAGGUGGCCCUGGCCCCAGAGAACCCCUCCAAGUCGAUCCUCAAGCGGCCCAAGGGCAUCCUGAAGAAGAGGAACUCCUGCGAGCAGAAGGUGCCCGGCCCUGGCCCCCCAGCAGCAGCGCCUGGGGGAGAGGGAAAAGGGGAGGACGGUGAGGUGGCUGCUGUGGGUCUCACCCGGAUCCUGUCCUCUGGGAUGCUGCUGUGCAGUGCAGGUGUUGGGGCAGUGCCUGUGGCCGUGCCCAAGAAGGGAAUCCUGAAAAAGCCCUCGACGAGGGAAUCGGGGUAUUACUCAUCCCUGGAGUGCUGCGAAUCCGGGGGUGUCCUGGACACGGGGAGCUUGGACCUCGAUGGGAGUGUGUUUGCUGACACCCCUUCCCCAGAGCAGAGCCCCCAGGGUCUCCCCACCCGCCGGAAAGGCAUCCUCAAGCACAAUGGCAAGUACUCCUCCAGCAGCCCCGAGGCAGAGAGCCCCCCUGGGCAGGGGUUUGGGGGUUUCAGCGAGCUGCCCCUGCCGCAGGCGCCCCGCGCCCGCCCGUCCAGCGCCGUCAGCGAGGACAGCAUCCUCUCCACCGAGUCCUUUGACCAGCUCGACCUGCCCACCCGUGUCCCCCACGGCGCUGGGGGCAUGAGGGGCUGCGUCUCUGCCGACAGCCUCCUCCGGCUGGAAGAGGAGGAGGAGCAGGUGGAGGAAGGGCGCAGGCUGCGCCGCUGGACUGUCACCCACUGCCGGAGCCCCCUGCGCGAGAGCAGCUUGUCCCUGCUGGGCUGUGACAAUGUCACUGAGGUCUACAGGCGUGCCCUGACCAUCGGCAUGAAGCUGAGCUGA